ACAACAUUUGCCCUCCCCCCAAUAUUCCAUUCUCUCUCUCUCUUUCCUAGCAAAAGAGAAAAAGAAAAUAUAAUGCUUCCCGGCUUCUCUCUCCCGCCAGAUAUCUGACCACGAUAUCUUCUGUUGGCGAGCGGAUCAUAUCAUAUCUCACCGCCACCCGCACCUCCACACGCGACGGCCAUGUCACCGCCAACCGCCGCGGCCCCCGUAACAAGCGUCUCCGACGGCAUCCUCGUUUGGCCGUUCGGAGGAGGAGUCGAAGGCUUGGACCAAGACGAUUUCCGGGAGGCGGCGUACGAGAUUUUCUUCACGGCCUGCCGCGGGUCCUCCCCGGGGUUCGGCCGUGGAAUCUCGGGUAGCCAACCGGAGGCGUUGGAUGGGAACCACGGAUCGCCCGCAAAGGCGACCGGGCCGGGGGUGGGGAUGGCGGUGACGAGCCGGGUGAAGUGGGUGUUGGGGUUGAAAAUGAUGAAGCGGUUGCCUUCGCGGACCGUCGCUUCACCGUCGUCCCCGAGCGGCCCAUCGCCGGCGCGGGGGAGGAGGCCGAUGACGUCAGCGGAGAUCAUGCGGCGGCAGAUGAGGGUGACGGAACAAAGCGACAACAGGCUCCGCAAAACUCUCCUCCGGACUCUUGUUGGCCAAAUGAACAGAAGAGCAGAGACGAUCAUCCUUCCAUUAGAGUUACUCCGGAACCUCAAACCAUCCGAAUUCAACGACGCCAACGAAUACCAUGCAUGGCAGAAGCGGCAGCUGAAGAUCCUGGAGGCCGGACUCCUCCGCCACCCCUCCACCCCUCUCGAGAAGUCCAACCCCCACGCUGCCCGCUUCAAGGGGAUCAUCCGGGCUGCCGAGGCCAAGCCCAUCGACACGGGGAAGAACUCCGAGGUGAUGAAGAGCCUCGUCAACUCCGUCGUGUCCUUGGCCUGGCGUAGCCCGGAUGGGUCCCCCGUGGACAUCUGCCACUGGGCAGACGGCCACCCGCUCAACAUCCACAUCUACGUCGCGCUUCUCGGGUGCAUUUUCGACUUGAGGGACGAGACUCGCGUGCUGGAUGAGGUCGAUGAGCUGCUCGAGCUGAUGAGGAAGACGUGGUUGACGUUGGGGAUCGACAAGUCGAUCCACAACCUUUGUUUCACUUGGGUACUCUUCGAGCAGUACUUCUUGACUGGUCAAGUCGAGAAGGAUCUGCUCAGAGCUUCCCUGGCCAUGCUCUCCGAGGUUGCAAAUGAUGCAAAAAGAGCUGACAGGGAAGCUCUCUAUGUCAAGAUGCUGGCAAAUGUCCUUUCAUUCAUGAAGGAGUGGUCCGAUAAGAAGUUGUCCUCUUACCAUGAAAGUUUCGAUGUGGGAAAUGUUGGCUUACUCGAGAUCGUUAUCCCUUUGUUUUUCUCCAGUGCCAAAAUCUUGGAAGAAGAUGUGCUCGGUUACGCCACUACUCGUGUCGGAAAAGAGGCAUUCACAUUACAAAACUCUACUAGAAGUCGGGUGGAGCAAUACAUUAGAUCAUCAAUUAAACAUGCAUUCACAAAGAUGUUGGAAGGACGGAGCGCAAAUGCCGAAACAUCAGAAUUGAGCGAAACGCUCAUGAAACUAGCCGAUGUGGCAGAGGAAUUGGCAGAGAAGGAAAGGAAAUUCUAUAGUCCGGUGCUGAAGAAAUGGCACCCAGUGGCGGCAGGAGUGGCAUCGGUGGCGUUGCACGACUGCUACGGGACCAUGCUGAAGCGAUACUUGUCGGGCGUGACAUCUCUCACGCACGAAACCGUUCUGUUGUUGCAGAAAGCCGGGAAGCUAGAGAAGGCCUUGUUUGGGAUGGUGGCUGAGGCUUGUGAGGAAUGUGAGGAUGGAGGGAAAGCUAUGACAUGGAAUCCAAAAUCCAAGACAGAACCAUAUGCCCAGUCUGCAGUGGAGCUCAUGAGGCAGGCGAAAGACGCGGUUGACAGUUUCUUCGAAAUUCCCGUUAGCGUCUCCGAGAAUUUUGUCAGAACUCUCGCAGAUGGUUUCGAGCAAAUCGUUCGCGAAUGCGUUAUUUUCGUCAUGUCAUGUGGAUCAAAGAAGAAUUAUGUCCCUGCAUUGCCACCCCUAACAAGGUGUAGCAAAGACUCAAAGUUUUCCAGGCUAUGGAAGAGAGCCGGCGGCUGUAGGGCGGGACUAGACGGUGACAACCCGAUCUCCACCAACGAAGGAAACCACCCACGGCCUUCGACGAGCCGAGGGACACAACGCCUCUACAUCAGGCUCAACACUUUGCAUUACAUACUUUCCCAUCUCAAUUCCUUGGAAAAAUCCCUCUCCUUAAACCCAAGAGUUGUCCCUUCCCCAAGAAGGACAAGCGGCUCUUCCUCUUACUUUGACCAUGCCCGGUCGAUGAUCCACUCCGCCUGCCAGCACGUGUCGGAAGUCGCAGCCUACCGCCUGAUCUUCUUCGACUCCAACAACGUAUUGUACGGCGGCUUGUACCAACGCGGGGUGGAGAGCGCGCGCAUACGCCCCGCGUUGAGGACAUUGAAGCAAAACCUGACGCUCCUAUGCGCGAUCGUCGCAGAAAGGGCUCAACCCGUGGCGAUCAAGGAGGUGAUGAAGGCGAGCUUCGAGGCCUACCUUAUGGUUUUGCUCGCCGGGGGGAGCUCGAGAGCGUUCACCAGGGCGGACCACGAGAUGAUCGAGGACGACUUCGAGCACCUGAAGCGGUUAUUCUACACGUGCGGUGAAGGGUUGAUGGCAGAGGAGAGCGUGGACAAGGAGGCGCAGGCGGUGGACGGGGUGGUGGCGCUCAUGGGCCAAUCCACUCAACAGUUAGUCGAGAAUUUCAGCCUUCUCGCCUGCGAAGCAAGCGGGAUCGGCCUGAUGGGCCCCGGUCAGAGGCUGCCAAUGCCUCCGACGACAGGAAGAUGGCAUAGGUCAGACCCGAACACGAUACUGAGAGUAUUGUGUUACAGGAAUGACAAAAAUGCCAAUCUUUUUCUUAAGAAGACUUUCCAACUGGCCAAGAGGAGAGGUUGAAAAUGCACCAUUUGAGCAGUCACUUUGUACAGCUUGCAGCAUUACAGAAA